UAUUUUAAUCUCACCCGUAGUGCAACUGUCAAAAAGCUCGUUUCCAUAUAUAAGAACCAUCGCCUCUUGCUUCAUGCCCCAAAGCUGAAAGAAGAGCCAUGAUUCAAUCACUCAGUUCCUCAUGCUUCUCCUCUACUGUCCAUCUUCAACCAGAAAGAGGCGCUCUUACAUCGCUUCGACGCAUGAAAAGAAAUAGGAUUAUAUUGAAUGGAGACAAAAAGAAUAUUAUCUUUACGGGGUUUUCAGACCACAAAAUCUUGGAUCCAAACAAGAGUUUUGGCAACAGUUGUGACAAGCGAAUAGCACACAGAAUUGGGGCCACAUCAGAUGGUGAGUUUGUGCUACAGCCAAAAGAUGAUAUCAAGAAAAUGUUGACGGCUAUAUACAACUUUUCUCGUCCAUACACGUUCAUUGGCAUAAUUAUUGCAAUAAGUUCGGUUUCUCUGCUGCCUUUCACUUCACUACGAGAUUUAUCACCUGCUCUUUUUGUAGGAUUCUUCCAGUCUUUGAUCCCAUUUCUGUUCUUGAAAAUCUACGUUGCUGGAAUAAAUCAGGUGUUUGAUGUCGAAGUAGACAAGAUAAAUAAGCCUUAUCUUCCUCUAGUUUCGGGAGAACUUUCCAUGGGGCAAGGGAAAGCAAUUGUCUGGGCAUCUGGUUUUAUGUGCUUGGCCGUGGCAGUGAUGUUCAAGUCUCCACCAUUGUUUUUUGGAAAUCUUACACCUUUUCUAUUAGGAACUGCAUAUUCUGCUGAUCUACCUUAUCUCAGAUGGAAAACAAAGCCCACCCUUGCUGCAUUAAGUAUCGCGGCUCUAUAUGGACUCAGUGUUAAUCUUGGCGUCUUCUGCCACAUGCAGAAAUAUGUGCUUGGUAGACCAUUAGUACUAACCAAGUCCUUGGGCUUUACUGUCACUUUCUUCACUCUGUUUUCAGUGGUUAUUGCCCUGUCCAAGGAUAUACCUGAUGUUCGAGGAGACCUAGCAUUUGGCAACCCAACAUUUAGUGUCAAAUAUGGUAGAAAGAAGGUGUUUUCUGUGUGUUUAGCCAUCUUGUUGACUGCAUAUGGUUCUGGUAUAGUGAUCGGAGCUUCGUCCUCAUUUCUCAUAUGCAAGCUUGUGUCUGUGAUAGGCCACUCUACACUUGCCUCCGUUCUUCUACUUCGAGCAAAUUCUCUUGAUCUCGAUGACGAUGAGGCCACACAGUCCUUUUACAUGUUUAUAUGGAAGCUGUUUUAUGUCGAGUAUGCGCUUAUUCAUUUCAUUCGUUGACAAGACACAAGAAAAAGGGUGUUUCUACGCGGAUAUAGAAGGACACAUAUCCAUUAACAUGAGAUGUACAUGUUUUCGUAUAUGAAUAGUUUUAUAUGUAUUUCAAUCAAACAACAAAAUUGUAUAAUUUAAAUUGAAACUUGUACUAUGAUUAUCAAUAUUAACCAACUUUAAUAUAAAAUUAUAUCUUUCUGA